GUACGAGGAAAAGUCAGUAACGCACCUCUGAUGAGAAGACACGUCUCCAUUCUGAGGGAUCACUGUUGACAGUGGCUACGUGACACCUGUUGACCGCUGGGGUGCGAGUGUCCAUGCUGGGUCAGAUGCAUCAGGGCCGAAUGAGACUGCGACCUUGGUUGGAGGAGCAGAUCCGCUCAGGAAAGUACCCUGGUGUGACAUGGCUUGAUGAGACAGCGGGCGUCUUCCAGAUCCCGUGGAAACACGCGGCCCGUCACGGAUGGAAUAUAGACAAGGACGCCACUCUGUUCCGAAACUGGGCAAUGCACACAGGCAGGUACAAACCUGGCAUCGACAAGCCUGACCCCAAGACAUGGAAAGCCAACUUCCGAUGUGCCCUGAACUCGCUCCCAGAUGUGAAAGAGCUUCAUGACCGGAGCACCAAGAAAGGAAACAACGCAUUUAGGGUCUACAUGCUGCUGCCGUCUGUUAAGACUCCCAAGCGAAGAAAAGGACUUAGAGAGCUCGACCUCGACGUGAAAUAUUCCGGAAGUGGGCUUUUCUCUUACUCGGAUACAGUUCAGUCAGGAAUGUGCCCCCCGCUGGAACCCUUUUCAGACACGUUCUGUAGAUACAGGGAGGGCGAGGCUGGGUACAGUCCCGGGUUCCGGUGCCACAGGGACAGUCACUCGAGUCCCAUCACAAUGGACGGCAGCCAGGACUACUUCCUCACACAGCUGCCCCUCCACUCAGAUCUAAGCGGAAACAUGCACAGUCCUGCAGCCGGUAAUGAGCACGCUCAGGCCGUACUCAAGAUAGUGGAACACCUGAAAAACACAGAUCACUGGAAUCAGUCAAAUGACACCACCAAAGGCUGGACCGGCGUUUACGGGGAUGGAAUGGACCACAGCGGACCUUUUCAAACAGACUACCACAUCUAUGGUGGGCAGCAAAGGCCUUUUUUCCAAAGUCAUUAGGAAGCAGGUCAAGCCACAGCGUUAUAAACAAUGGAUGCUGUAGGUAGAUGCAAGAGUCAAGAACCCCAGAAUCCAAGAUCUUCUUAAUCCAUCCAGUGCAAUAUAUAUCAUAUCUACCUUCCACUAUGUGGAAUAGCAAAGUCCACAGUGGGACGCAGGGGGACCAAAAACUAUGGUGCUCUUUGACAAACAUUUGUCAGACUUCCUUUGGUAGACUGUGCCAGGACUAUGGAGCAACCUAAAGGAACAUUAGAGCAUGUCAAUACGUGUCCAUAAUGAAACCAGAUGUUCAGUAGCUACUGUAGAAUGGAUGACAUUUGUAUAAUGCGACGAAGGAAAAGUAUUAUGCUACAA